AUGAAGGAGGGGGUGUUUUCUUCCUCAAUAUUGCCUUCUCUCCAGACUAUCCUUUUAAACCGGUGA